CACCGAGGUGGUUUAGCUGGAGUAAAACAAGAGUAUAUGGAAAUAGGCGAAGUAAAUUUUUCAUGGCCUGGUGAAAAUGGAACAUUACAAGAUUUUGGAGCAGUAAAUUAUACAAUGCCAUCAGGUCCAUGGUACUGGCCCUGGUGUCCUAUGUGGAGGAUACCACAACAUCCUUUAUUCCAGCUGUCCAAUAUGUUGUUUGUGGCGUCAUACUGUGCUCCUAGCACCAAAAAGGGGCAGCUUUGGAUGCAUACUAUAUUAAUUUUUGCGUUCAUGCUGUACUCAGUAUGGGCAUGGCACGUAAUUUGUUCGCCGGAUGCGUUCUCCUGGAAUUUCGGCUUCAUGUUCCUGAAUUUGGCUCAAGUUGUCUAUUUAGUCUACGAGAUGAGGCCAGUCAAAUUUGACCCAGAGCUUGAAGAAGUCUACCAUACUCUGUUUGAGCCUUUUAAGGUAUCAAGGCUACAGUUUAAGCGGAUGGUGUCUCCGGACUUCGCUCACGUGAUGUCGUUGCAUGCAGGCGAAGCAUAUGCGAUGCAGAACCUCACCAAGACAGAUCGACUAGGGCUUUUAUUGUCUGGUAAGGUAAACGUAAUGAGUGGGCAUCAAUUCCUGCAUCCAAUUUUGCCAUGCGAAUUCCUCGACUCGCCGGAAUUUGAAUCUAGCCGAGCUACGAUCGAUGAAAAAUUCAAGGUUUCAAUAGUAGCGGCGUCAUCUUGCCGGUACGUCUACUGGCAACGCAUCUCUCUCGAAUAUCUCUUCGUAAAGGAGCAAUAUUUAGCAACAGUAGUCACCACUCUUAUAGCAAGGGAUAUAACGACUAAACUGUAUGCGAUGAAUAAUAAAAUUAUUACUGAGAGAGGGUCGCAUUUGGACAUAAGGUUGCCGAGUAUUUCGCACGCUUUGGCACGAAGCCCGAGAAGACUCCGGACAGUGAAGCCGCUGCCGCCGCCGACGACCGUGCAGCCAGUACCGCCAGAAAAACGAUCCAGUACGUUACAUAAAGAAUUCUGGCUUCAAGAUCGCGAACAACCUAUAAACAGCACAGUGAAACGCAACGAUGGGACUACACCUUACGGCGGCGAUGAGGAACUAAUGCCUCUUGCCGCUCACGAGGCCCCAGCGGCAUCAUCUGACGACAUUUCCGUAGCCGAUAGCUGUCCCGAUACAUCUUCGAAGUACCACAGCUGUGAAGCAGUAGAAACUGACGACGAACUUCGGCAUUAAAUAGUGUUGUUUGUUUUCUAAAAAC